AUGGCGCGGAAGCGCUGGAGCUCGCGGCGAGCGGCCGCCACCUCGAGGCGCAGCGCGGCGUUCUCGCGCUCCAGGAACGCCGCCCGCACCGAGAUCUGGUUCUCCUUGAGGCGCCGCGCGUCCCGCGAGCGCUUGGCCGCCGCGUUGUUCCGCGAGCGCCGGCUCCAGUACUUCUCGUCCUGCGGGGGCGCCGCGGCCGCUCAGGGCACGGAUAAUUUUGGGUAUUUUCUCUCUCCGCAGAGGCAGCAGUGGCUGCGCCAGGCCGUGUCCCAGGCCCUGGCCGGGCCCGGAGCCGCCCGGGCCGAGCUGCAGCGCUGCCUGGGGCUCCUGGCCGGGCCCUGCCCCGGGGAGGCGGCGCCCGAGCGGGGCCUGGGGGACACCGGGGGGCACGAGGGGGCCCUGGCCGAGCUGGCCGAGCUCUGCGAGAGCCUGGACAACGCCACAGAUUUCUGCUCUUUAGGGGGCCUGGAGGUGCUGCUGGAGCUGCUGGGCCACCGCUGGCCGCCGCUGCGGGCCGGGGCCGCGCGGGUGCUGGGGGCUUGUGCCCAGAACCUGCCGGGGGCCCAGGCCCGGGCGCUGGCCCUGGGGGCUCUGCCCGCGCUGCUGGGGGGGCUGCGGGCAGACCCCGACCCCCGCGUGCCCCCCGCCGCCCUCUUCGCCAUCUCCUGCCUGGUGCGGGCGCAGCCGGAGGGGCUGGAGCAGCUCGAGGCCCUGGGGGGGCUCGAGGUUCUGGGGGGGGUCCUGCAGAGCCCCCAGCCCGCGCUGCGGGCCCGGGCGGCGUUCCUGCUGCACUGCCUGCUCCGGGAGCACCCCCGCCUCAAAGGGCCGCUGGUGCAGCAGGGCCUGGUGGCGCGGGCGGCGGCGCUGCUGCGCUCCGAGCACGACGGCGCCCACGAGCACGGCCUGGGGGUGCUCUGCAGCCUGGCCGCGGGCUGCCCCGAGGGGCUCCGGGAGUGCCGGGACCCCGCGCUGGGGCUGGAGGAGCUGCUGCGGCAGCGCCGGGAGCUGCUGCGGGGCCACGACGAGUUCCAGGAGGAGCUGGAAUUCUGCGAGCGGCUGCUGCAGCUCUGCUUCGAGACCCCCCCCGAAGAAUCCACCAUGGACCGAUGACCCCAAAACCGCCCAAAAUUCCCCCAAAAAUCCCCCCCGGGGGGUCACCGGCCCCCCAGAAACCCCCAGAUCCGGCGAGCCCCCCACGAGCCGGGGGGGAAGAGACGCUCCGGGCCGGUCCCUGCCCGGGGUUUGGGGCGACAGACGGGGCGGGGGCGCGAUCGGAAAGGGAAAAAUGGGGAAAAAACCCAAAAUCCCCCAAAUUCAGCACGGAGAGCGCGGGGGCGGGGUUAUGCUAAUGAAGAGGCGUUGCUAUGCUAA